ACCGGUUGCUAAUAGCUUAACAAAUUAAGCUUGCUGUAACACUUAGUUAAUUGCUCUUCAUUUCUCUCUCUUACACGGAAAAAUUAAAAUGUCGCCCAUGUGGAUCGUGUUCGCUGCGCUGGCCGUUCUGGCCAUCAGCCAGGCUGAUGUUACCAUCAAGCUGGAGAAGUACGACAACCCGGCUGACCGACUGCAGGACGGCACCAACUGCGAGCCUUUCGGCAUUAGCAAGUGUGACCCCUACUUCAUUCUCACCGUGCGCAACAGCUUCAACACGAGCUUAGUGUCGACAUACACCUCUACCCACACCGACGACGUCAGCUCGGUUGAUUUCGGCUCCUUCAUCGGCUUCCUGAACCCGGUUACCGCUAAGGUGCCCAACGGCACCGUGGUGGACAUUACCAUUGUGGCUAUGGACGAUGAUCCCAUUGGCGAACAUGAACUGAUUGGCACCUUCAACUAUUUCUACGUUGCCGGUCAAACCCCCAAGAGGGAGAGCCGUGUCUCCGGAACCUCCACCGUUACCGUGCUUUUCAACACCACUCGAUUCUAAUUGAACUGCUUUUUGGUGAAAGUCUUAUAUUUUUGAUGAUUUUCCAUCAGUGUAUUUUUUGUCUGUAGAAAACAAAAUUUACGUGCUGCUUUUCUGUAAUGGUACCUCAGGACUAUCGUGAUGACAACAGUUAUUAAAGAGGUUCGUGAGAAAACUGAA